AAAUUCAGGGAGAGGGAGAGAAAUAAACAGAAAAUUCGGUACGGGGAGAAGGGCAGACUGAAGGAGAGUCAGAGAGAGGAGCGAGACCCAAGGCAGGGCGAGCGCGGGUGGGACGGAGGGUCGCCUGCUGUAGGAGAUGUAGUGGCCUGGGCCGGGCUGGGUGGGCAGAGAGAAGCGGGUGCCUCCCCUGGGGGGUGAGGGGGCAUGGGAGGGGUGGGCAUUCUGCUGCUGCUGCUGCUGCUGGCUGGGGCAGGAGCUGGGGGGACCUGGAGACCCCUAAAGGGAAAGUGUCCUCCACGCUGCUCCUGCUCCAAAGACAGUGCCCUGUGUGAGGGCUCCCCGGAUCUGCCCGAGAGCUUCUCCCCGACCCUGCUGUCACUCUCACUCGUCAGGACUGGAGUCACCCAGCUGAAGGCCGGCAGCUUCCUGAGGAUGCCGUCACUGCACCUGCUCCUCUUCACAUCCAACUCCUUCUCUGUGAUCGAGGACGAUGCGUUUGCAGGCCUGUCACACCUGCAGUACCUCUUCAUCGAGGACAAUGAGAUUGGCUCCAUCUCUAAGAACGCUCUCAGAGGACUCCGCUCACUCACACACCUAAGCCUGGCCAAUAACCACCUAGAGACCCUCCCCAGAUUCCUGUUCAGAGGCCUGGAGACCCUGACUCAUGUGGACCUCCGUGGGAACCCGUUCCAGUGUGACUGCCGUGUCCUAUGGCUGCUGCAGUGGAUGCCCACCAUGAAUGCCAGCGUGGGGACUGGGGCCUGUGCGGGCCCUGCCACUCUGGCCCACAUGCUGCUCCGCCACCUCGACCCCAAGAUGUUCAAGUGCAGAGCCAUAGAGCUGUCCCGGUUCCAGACAAUCGGGGAGUCAGCGUUGGGCGUGGAACCCUUCUCCUACCAGGGGGAACCCCACAUCGUCUUGGCACAGCCCUUCGCUGGCCGCUGCCUGAUCCUCUCCUGGGACUACAGCCUGCAGCGCUUCCGGCCGGAGGAAGAGCUGUCCGCGCCCUCGGUGGUGUCCUGCAAGCCGCUGGUGCUGGGCCUGCGCCUCUUUGUGCUGGCCGCCCGCCUGUGGGGUGGCUCACAGCUGUGGGCACGGCCCAGCCCCGACCUGCGCCUGGCCCCGAUGCAAGUCCUCGCUCCGCGGCGGCUGCUGCGGCCCAAUGAUGCUGAACUCCUGUGGUUGGACGGGCAGCCCUGCUUCGUGGUGGCCGAUGCCUCCAAGGCAGGCAGCACCACGCUGCUGUGCCGGGAUGGACCUGGCUUUUACCCACGCCAGAGCCUGCAUGCCUGGCACCGGGACACGGACGCUGAGGCCCUCGAGCUGGAUGGCCGACCCCACCUGCUGCUGGCCUCGGCCUCACAGCGGCCUGUGCUCUUCCACUGGUUUGGUGGCCGCUUCGAGAGGCGUACGGACAUCCCUGAGGCUGAGGAUGUCUAUGCCACACGCCACUUCCAGGCUGGUGGGGAUGUGUUCCUGUGCCUGACACGCUACAUUGGGGACUCCAUGGUCAUGCGCUGGGACGGCUCCAUGUUUCGCCUGCUGCAGCAACUUCCCUCACGGGGUGCCCACGUCUUCCAGCCGCUGCUUAUCGCCAAGGACCAGCUGGCUAUCCUAGGCAGUGACUUCGCCUUCAGCCAGGUCUUCCACCUGGAGCCUGACAAGGGGCUUCUGGAGCCGCUUCAGGAGCUGGGGCCCCCGGCCUUGGUGGCCCCCCGUGCCUUUGCCCACAUCACCAUGGCUGGCAGACGCUUCCUCUUCGCUGCUUGUUUCAAGGGCCCCACACAGAUCUACCAGCAUCACGAGUUAGACCUCAGUGCCUGAGACAGACAGGACCCUGCACAUGGCUGGGGGGCUGACGUAGGGAGUCUUAGGUCUCUGGACACCCCUUUGGCAGGCCUCCUGGCCCCACUUGGGAUGACGGCCAGUCCUGUGAGAUACUGGCCACAGGUCAAGUUCAUCAGCCCCAGGUCCAGGCCCUGGCCCACUUCUUGGAGGGUCUGGGCUCACUGGGGUAAUGGAAGGUCUCAGCCUACUGGACCUUCUGAGCUGGCCUUCCAGUCUGAAGCAAUAUCUUGGCUGGGACAGGUGCCCCUACCAAAGGAGACUUGGAGGCUCAGGCUGGGGCGCUGCAUGGAGCCGGAAUACAGAAGUCAAGGUGGGAGAGAUGUGCAGGGGUCUGCUAGCUGUCCUCUCAACCCCGGGGCGGGGGCGCCUCCCCUCUCCCCGCUCCCCACGGCAGUACCGAGGAGACAGCGCUCCUUGGCGUUCCUUUCCCUCUAAACUCAAUCCCACCAAUCGCUCCCACGGAGGAGUGCCCGCCUCCGUGACGUGCCAGUCGCCGGGCGGUCCCCCUAGCCCGGCUUGCAGACUCCCUGCGCUGCUUCUGCGCAUGCCUGCUGCCGGGGCCGAAGCCCGGCCCCUCCCCGCUCCUGCGCGUGCGUGGGGGGUGGGGGCGGGGAAGCAGGCAGUCGCGAGGCGUCGGGGAGCCCUAGGUACCCCUCCCCGACGGGCGACAGGGGCGAGGGCACCAAGUGUACGAACUCAAUAAAUGCGCUGUGCACCC